AUGUCGUUCGAUCGCUUAAACUCCCUCGAGGCUCAGCCUACCACCAUGCGUCGCUCCGACGACCCGCAGUACCAUGAUGAUCCCGAGUUCCAGCAGCUCACGGAGUCCCUCUCGAACCAGUUAUUCACGCUGACCUCGAACAUCACUCGCCUGUCGGACCAAAUCGCCCUUCUUGGGACAAAGCGCGACACUGAGCGGGUGCGAGAGCGAGUCCACAGCCUCCUUGAGCAAACCCGUACGGGCUUUAGGGAUGUUGGAGAUGGGAUCAAGAAGGUUCAGACCUGGGAAGACGUCAACCCUUCGCAAAAAUGGACACAGCAGAAGUUGUCAACAGAGUUCAAGACCACCCUAGAGGAAUUCCAAACUGUUCAACGGCGAGCUUUGGAGAAGCAACGUGCAUCCGCAGUAGCUGCGCGUACUGCUGUGGAUGAAGCUGAACAUCCCCACGAAGGUGGCGCUCAGCAGGAUCAGCAGCAACUACUUGAGGAGCAACCACGUCUGGCGAAUCAAAGUGAAGUCGAUUUCCAAGAAGCUCUGAUCAUCGAGCGUGAGACCGAGAUUCGCAACAUCGAACAAAGCGUUGGCGAACUAAACGAGCUAUUCCGCGACGUUGCCCAUAUUGUCAAUGAGCAGGGUGAACAACUGGACACUAUCAGCGGAAAUGUCGAGAGAGUUCAUACCGAUACUCGUGGUGCGAACGUUGAGCUCCGUAGUGCUAGUAGGUAUCAGAAGAACGCCCGAACCAAGGCUUGUUGUUUGCUCAUCAUCCUUGCCGUUAUUUUGACGAUAAUCAUCCUUGCGGCUGUUCUUGGAUAA